GAAGGGGAGGGGGAGCCUCUGCUGAUGGUGUGCUCCGAAGCAGCCUCGGCGGAGGGGGGAAAUGGAUCCAGAUCACACCUCCCUCACCUUUCAGCAUCUCUCCUUGGCUUCAGCCCGGACUGCCCAAGGAGCUAAUGAGAAGAUGUAAUGUCACCUUGUAGAUGCCACGACAUGUUGGAUGGAAAGAAAUUUUAAAAAAUGGAUUUUUCAAUUUGAAAAAGAAUUCUCACGCACAGAUUCGCAGUUGCAAACAGCCAUGUCCAGAAAAGGACGCAGCAAGGCUGAAAAGCCUGAAGUACUCAUUAUGUCCUUACAAGCUGCCAAUGAAGAUCUCAGGACAAAGCUGACAGAUAUUCAAAUUGAGCUUCAUCAGGAGAAGUCUAAAGUGAACAAACUUGAAAGAGAAAAAAUCCAAGAAACAAAGCGGAUCCGGGAAUUAGAACAGCGCAAACAGACAGUGCAGAUCACUGAACUAAAAGCUAAACUCCAUGAGGAGAAGAUGAAGGAGCUACAGGCUGUCCGGGAAAACCUUAUCAAACAGCAUGAGCAAGAAAUGGCACGGACAAUGAAAAUUAGAGACAGUGAAAUCCAAAGACUCAAGUCAGCACUGUAUGCAUUGCGGGAAGGGAGUAGUGAUAAAGUACGGACAGCCCUGACCAUUGAGGCUCGUGAAGAGGCCAGGAAACAGUUUGACUCUGAGCGCCUUAAACUUUUGCAAGAAAUCACUGAACUGAAGUCUGCCAAGAAGCAGGUGGAUGAAGCCCUGAAUAACAUGAUCCAGGCUGAUAAGAUUAAAGCGGGGGAUCUCCGGAGCGAGCAUCAGUCCCAUCAGGAGGCCAUCUCUAAGAUCAAGUGGGAGAGUGAGAGGGAUAUUCGCAGGCUGAUGGAUGAGAUCAAAGCAAAAGACAGAACUAUCUUUUCUUUGGAGAAAGAGCUGGAGACCCUGACAGGAUAUGUUCAGAAGCUUCAGCUACAGAAAGAAGCUUUGGAUGAACAGCUGUUUUUGGUUAAGGAGGCCGAAUGCAACAUGAGCAGUCCCAAAAGAGAGAUCCCAGGCAGAGCAGCAGAUGGCUCGGAACACUGCAGCAGUCCUGACCUACGUAGAAACCAGAAGAGAAUGGCAGAACUCAAUGCUACUAUUCGGAAACUCGAGGACAGGAACACUCUGCUUGUGGAUGAACGGAAUGAAUUGUUGAAACGUGUUCGAGAAGCUGAAAAACAAUGCAAACCUCUUCUGGAAAGAAAUAAGUGCCUCUCCAAAAGAAAUGAUGAACUCAUGCAAUCGCUGCAGCGCAUGGAAGAAAAACUUAAAGCAAUCACUAAGGAAAAUGUAGAGAUGAAAGAAAAAAUGACAUCGCAUCCUCCUCUGAAGAAAUUAAAAUCACUCAAUGACCUUGAUCAAGCAAAUGAAGAACAAGAAACCGAAUUUUUGAAGCUCCAGGUUAUAGAACAACAAAACAUAAUUGAUGAUCUGACACGAGAUAGAGAGAAACUUAUUCGACGGAGGAAGCAUAAAAGAAGUUCAAAGCCAAUUAAGAGACAUGUUCUGGACACAGUUUAUGGAGGUGAUGAUGACUCCAUGGACUCUGAAACCUCAUCCAUGGCUUCAUUCAGGACAGACAGAACACCAGCAACACCAGAUGAAGAUCUAGAUGAAAGCUUAGCAGCUGAAGAAUCAGAGUUGCGAUUUAGACAAUUAACAAAGGAAUAUCAGGCCCUGCAGAGAGCCUAUGCGUUAUUGCAAGAGCAAACCGGGGGUAUAAUAGAUGCAGAAAGAGAAGCCAAGGCACAGGAGCAACUUCAAGCUGAAGUCCAGAGGUAUAGAGCAAAAAUAGAAGAUCUGGAAAAAACACUGGCCCAGAAAGGACAGGACUCACACUGGGUAGAAGAUAAGCAACUUUUUAUUAAGAGGAAUCAGGAGCUUUUGGAUAAGAUAGAAAAAUUGGAAAUAGAGAACAAUCGACUGCAACAGGAGCUACAGGAUGCCAGAGAUCAGAAUGAACUCUUGGAGUUUCGAAAUCUAGAACUUGAAGAAAGAGAAAGAAGAUCUCCACCUUUUAAUCUACAAAUCCAUCCAUUCUCUGAUGGUGUAAGUGCUCUGCAGAUCUACUGUAUGAAAGAAGGUGUCAAGGAUGUUAGCAUUCCAGACCUUAUAAAGCAAUUAGACAUCUUGGGUGACAAUGGGAAUUUAAGAAAUGAAGAGCAAGUGGCUAUAAUUCAAGCUAGUACUGUAUUAUCUCUGGCAGAAAAGUGGAUACAGCAGAUUGAAGGGGCUGAAGCAGCUUUGCACCAGAAGAUGAUGGAACUGGAAAGUGACAUGGAGCAGUUCUGUAAAAUAAAAGGUUAUCUAGAAGAAGAACUGGACUACAGGAAACAAGCUCUUGAUCAAGCCUAUAUGAGAAUCCAGGAGCUUGAAGCUACCCUUUACAAUGCUUUGCAACAAGAAACAGUGAUAAAGUUUGGAGAACUGCUGAGUGAAAAACAGCAGGAAGAACUUCGAACUGCUGUAGAGAAAUUGAGAAGGCAAAUGCUGAGAAAAAGCAGAGAAUACGAUUGCCAGAUCCUUCAAGAGAGAAUGGAAUUGCUUCAACAGGCACAUCAGAGGAUCCGAGAUUUAGAAGAUAAAACAGACAUCCAGAAGAGGCAGAUCAAGGAUUUGGAAGAAAAGUGUCCAAAAAUCAAAAAUAAUUACAAGUUACUUAAUGCAAGGAGAAGAAAAUAUCUUGCAGAAAGAAUUUGGCUGUCAGAUAAGCCACUCAGUGAAAUAUCUUUGUUUGCAUUUGACAGACUGAUCGAUUACACAGAAAAGUCCUGAGAAUGGCAGAUGCUUCCAAACCAUGAAGAGAACACUGUUUACAACUACUUUAAAACAAAGCAACUCUCUGCAAUCAAGACCACUCCCACCAUGCAGUUUAAAGCCAUUAUUCAAGAUUUGUUACUUGACAGUUCCUGUCUAAAGCUACAAUAUCAGCUGCACGUAAUGAGAUUCUAUGAGGAGGAGGAAGAGAAUGUCCCAGCAGCAUACGUCACUAGGAUUAUUUUUUUAAAAAUCAGCAAGAAGCCACAUUGAGCAGAUUGAGUGAAGGUAUGUCAGGCAAGGAACCAAAGUGACUACAGACUAUCAAUCCCUGCUGUGCAGGGGGAUUAUUUUAAACAUAAAAAACACCAACUUCCCAUGAAAGUCUUCAAUAAUUGAGAGGACAGAGUAGAAGAAAUGUAUUAUUUAGAAUUCUAAGAGGACAAUUACAGUAAUGUCCAUUUGAGUAAAAAAUUGGCUUUCUUAAUACAGGGACUCUUUUUCUGUUUUUAAACUCAGGAACAAUGACAGCUGCAAUGUGAACAAAAAGCUCUUGUUUUUGUUUCAUACUGGGUGGACAAUGGGAUAGAUAUAAUUGACAUUAAUCUACUGCUGCCUGCUGGAUCAAGGAUGAUCAGACCUAGGGAAAGUGGCUGACAGUGCUUGUGAGGAUUGUUAACAAUGCUGUAGUCUUAUCUGUCAUCAAAACCCUCCAUGAAGGACUGUGUGCUACAAGUGUAUGUUACAUCAAGUGAAAAACUCUUCCAAGAAUGCCACACUAAUUUAACUAGCUGUUUAAUAUUUAUUCAGGAACUGGAAUGGAAUAGAAGGGUUUUCAGAAUAAGAAACAAGUGGCAUCAGAGAAGAAGCAAACAUCUUUCAUCAGACUUCAGCUUCCCAAAAUUUCUUCCUUCAAUUCAUUCAGCAGUUAAUGUACUAAUGAAAUAAGCAUUUUGUUUUCCCUCAUUGUGUUUGCUGUCUCCACUGGCUGCAAGAAUCAUAAUGAGGACAUUUAAUUCUCUUGAUUAGCAAACCUGCACAUAACAA